CUGACAGCGUUUUGUUUUUGUGUAGACGUGUGAAUUUCCCAAUUUUUCUUCCAGCACGCAAAUAUUUUUCUAGAAAUCUGUAUAUUUCUUACAUAAAUAUUAAAGAUGAGUUCCUUGGAGGAAGAAUCGGAAACGAAAAAAGAGCACAUCAAUAAAAUCGUUCUCUCAGAUGAUGUACAAAAAGCUAUCGAACAGGUACUACAGAGCUCUGAUCCUCUUGAUAAUCCAAAUUUCGAUCCGACUGAUUACGUGAACCAGUUGUUCCCGAAUGAACAAUCACUUUCCAAUAUUGACGACGUUAUCACCAAAAUGGAGUACGAUAUUAGUUUAAUAGAUGACAAUAUACGGAGUGUAGUUCGUGGUCAGGUUAACACCGGAGAAAAUGGAAGAGCAGCCUUGAAGGAAGCCCAGCAAUCCAUCACGCAACUGUUUACUUUGAUAACGGACAUCAAAUCAAGGGCAGAGAAGACCGAGGAUAUGGUCAAGGAAAUAACUCGGGAUAUCAAGCAGUUGGAUUCGGCUAAAAACAACCUGACGUAUGCCAUUACUACUUUGAACCAUUUACAUAUGCUUGUUGGAGGAGUUGAGAACCUGAAGCGGCUCGCAGAAAGACGGCAGUAUGGGGAAAUUUUGAAUCCUUUGCAGGCCAUAAUCGAAGUGAACCAGCACUUUCAACAGUAUUCGGAAAUUCCUCAAAUUCAAACGCUCUCCUCGCAAGUACAGCAAAUACAAACCGAGCUGGCGACCCAGAUUACGGAGGAUUUCAAGCACUUUUUCGCCCCUGCAAGCGGUACCCAGAACUUCAAUAGAAUGACGAUAACUCAGUUAAAGGAUGCCUGCCAGGUGGCGUCCGUGCUUGAUAAACCGGUGAAGAAGAACAUUCUGAAGUGGUACAUAAAUCUCCAACUUCAAGAGUAUAUCCAACUGUUCCACGAGAAUCAAGACAUCGCGUGGUUAGACAAAAUUGAUAAGCGCUACGCUUGGCUCAAGCGGCAUCUGCUUGAUUUCGAGGAAAAAUACGGCAGCAUAUUUCCCCAGGAUUGGGAAAUUUCCGAGCGCAUUACAGCUCAGUUUUGCACUAUAACGAAGGAUGAAUUGACGAAGAUAAUGGGCCGCCGGCGAACCGAAAUCGAUGUCAAAUUGUUGUUGUUUGCGAUACAAAAAACGACAAAUUUCGAACAGCUUCUGGACAAACGCUUCAAUGGAACAACGCUCAAAGAAACAAAAUCAUUAACUAGCUCGAGCGAGAAGUCAACGUUCAUAGACAUGAUUGGAUCUUGCUUCAAGCCAUACUUGGACAUUUACACGGAUAGUAUCGAUAGAAGUUUGGUUGAGUUGAUAAAUCAAUUCACCCUUCAGAAUCAGCAACCAUUUGUACCGAAGGAUGGAAAUGCUUCUGUUUUUCCUAAUUGCGCUGAGUUAUUCGUUUUCUAUAAAAAGUGUAUGGUCCAGUGUACACAGCUGAGCAACGAAAAGCCAAUGUACGAUUUAACAUUGUUGUUCAAAAAAUAUUUGCGGGAAUACUCCAGCAAGGUUUUAGAAGCGCGAAUUCCAAAACUGCAACCAACAAGUUCCACAACGUCUAUAAGCAACAGCAUGUCUCUGUUGACAAAAGAUUUGCAGAAUCUUUCCACGGCAGCUGGUCAGGUCAUACACAAUUUCCUGAAGGAAGGGGAAACCCCAAGAUUUAGUAUGGAUGACCUUCGUAAGAUCUGUUACGUACUUGCAACUGCAGAGUACUGUUUGGAAACAGUUCAACAAUUGGAAGACAAGCUGAAGGAGAAAAUUGAAACGAGUUACGUUAACCGUGUCGAUCUCUCGGAUGAAAAAGAUGUUUUCCACAGAAUCAUUUCCAACUGUAUCCAAAUGUUGGUUCAAGAUUUAGACACUGCCUGCGAACAGUCGUUGCAUUUGAUGACAAAAAUGUCGUGGCAUAAUAUUAGCAAUGUUGGUGAUCAGAGCGGAUUUGUCAACCAACUUGUGAAUAACCUAAAGCAAACCGUUCCCGUAAUUCGCCAUAAUCUGUCAGCAAGUCGGAAAUACUACACACAGUUUUGUCACAAAUUCGUCAACUCGUUCAUUCCAAAGUACAUCAAUGCUUUGUACAAAUUGCGACCAACAACGCCCGGAUCGUCUUCUUCUUCCUCGAUGGUGAAUAGUGCAUCGAGCUCUAGCAUUUCCGAAAGUUCGAACAACAACUCUGGAAACUCCGCUGGCAGUAUCCUCGGCUGUGAGCAGCUUCUGCUGGAUACCCAUAGCUUGAAAACAGUUCUCAUGGAUUUACCAUCCAUAGGAUCACAGGUGCAGCGGAAACCACCCGCGACCUACACCAAAGUAGUGGUCAAAGGAAUGGCCAAGGCGGAAAUGAUCAUCAAGGUAGUCAUGCAGCCAAUCAACCCUGUCUCGCUAUACAUCGAACAGUAUCUCAAGUUGCUGCCCGAGAGUAAUGUGACUGAGUUUCAUAAAAUUCUCGAGAUGAAAAGUGUCCGAAAGAUAGAGCAACAACAAUUGGUGGAAUGUUACAAGCGAUCCUGUCCUCAGGCAGUGCAAAGUAAUGCCGCGAACGAGAGCAGCUCGGCUACGGCAGAUGGGGAUGCUCCGAUCAGUCAAUCCCAGCAGGCAGCUGCUACGGCUGCUGCUGCUAUUAGUGGAGCUGGAUCCAGUAUUAUUGCCCUAGGCGAUUCACUGAUAGACAAGGGAAGAAUAAAAAAGAUAGAGAAUUUAAUUAAAAAUAGACUACCGAACUAAAUCAAAGCGUAAUUGCAAGUACAGAUUAUAGUUAUUUGCAUAUGUAAGACAUGAAUAUCGAUCAAUUAAUAAAAUUGAUUAAUUAAAAUAA